CAAAGAAGCAGCACAUCACUUCUCAUUUAUACUAUUUCAGUUCUGCAUUCAGAAGAUGAAGCUAUUUCUCCUUUUCUGCAUCUUCUGCCUGAUGGCCCCUAUUGGUUAUAGUCAGCUUAAUGGUUUUAUAGGUGAAGAAACUGGGCCACCUGGGCCAAAAGGAUCAAUUGGGUCCCCAGGGCCACCUGGGCUGCCAGGGCCACCUGGGCCACCUGGGCCACCUGAAUACGAUGAAAAUAAUAGUUGCAAAGGUCCAAAAGGUGCAAAAGGGUACCCAGGAUUUCCUGGAAAUAAAGGAAGAAAGGGACCAAGGGGACCACCUGGACCUGCUGUAUUGUGUCGACCAGAUACCUUCAGUUUUGGAAACAUUGAAACCUUAAAGAAGAGCGUUGCUAAGUUAAAGCUGGCUAUAAACUAUGACAUUGUCCGGAGAGUUGGUCAGAAAUACUUUGUGUCCAACAAGGAAAGAGGCUCUUUCUCCAGGGCUGUCGAGUUCUGCUCCCAGCAAGGCUUAGAGCUGGCUUUGCCCCAGAACGAGGAGGAGAACACUGCACUGACACAGGUGUUUGGUGAAGUUGACAAGACAGCCUGGAUCAAUGUCAACAAUAAAAAAGCAGAGGGGAAUUUUGAGACUGAUAUGAGAAACCAACCUCUGACCUUCACCAAAUGGGGAGAAGGGCAGCCAGACAUAUCCAUUGAGGACACAGGCUGCACCGUGCUGUCAGAAAAUGGCGUCUGGCGAGUGGCACGUGAAUGCUCCUUCAAUGCUUACAUCAUUUGUCAGUUAUAGAAAGGUCUUAUAUCACUUGAAUGUCUGGAUCUUUCAUGUGUCCUAUUUUCUUUUUCUGGGAGACAAUAUUGUGUAACUGUCUUAAAUGCAGAACAGGUAAACUGCAGAAAAAAAGUCAGUAAGUAUAGUAAACAAUAAAUGUAUAUAGAAACAAGAAGGUACAUUGUUACAGCAUAAAACAGCAAAAUAAAAUGUUCAGCAGCCAA